AUGGCUUCCCCCCAGGCUUCCACCAAUGCCCAACCAGAUACCUCUGCUGACAAUGCUCCACCUCCACAUCAUGAGAUGAGCACACCUGGUGUGGUGAACGAUGGAUGGGAUCUUCAUAUGGAAUGGAUGCAGCUGAUGAACAACUUGGUGCCCAACAUGCUCCAGGCCCAGUGCUACUGCAAUGAUGGAACUCUUCAUCGAGUGGACUACAGAGGAGGACUUGAGACUCACAGGGAUGGAGCACUGUGUUGCAAUUCACUUCUAUAUGUUGGUGGAAGGAAUGCACAGCCAGGGAUUGAUCAGGACGGGAUGCGACUGAUUCAUAGAGUAAAACCUAACCUAGUCAGGUAUACUGCUUUCGUGAUGGGAGCAGAUUCAGGAGGAGUGCCACAGAACACAGUAGCAAGGUUGUCUGGUUGUCUCAAUGAGUGUUAUUCGGUAGAGGAAGAAUUCAUGAAGGAGCUGCUGAUAUCACACUUGUUUAGAUUAGCUGAGUAUGGAUCACCAGUUAGACUGAGGCCAUACUCUCCAGUCCUGGGGAAGUGGGCAUGGGCAAUUAACAAGGCUGGACUCUACAGAAUUGAGCCAAAAGCCAUGCAUACUACUCCAGGAACUGGGAAUGAAUUCUACUCUGUAAAGUUCACUCUUAUGGACUGGAUACUAGGGGGCAACCACCCAAAGAGAGGACGAAUGAACAAAAACAUGCCCAUGCACAUAACAGUGCCCAGAGCUACCAAAAUGAGGCUAGCCAAGUUGUCAGCUGACUCCAACAACAAGUCUACCAUGCCUCAGCCUCUUCACAAGAAACAUCUGAAAGACCCUCCUGCUUGCCAGCAGGAAUCCAUGACUGUCCAUCCUAGAUCAGGAAAUCUUCCAUUCUGGUUGCAUCACAGUAGCACCCUGGAGGGAUGGUUGGUGACACUCCUCAACAGGCAAAUUCUGGCAGAGAGAAACACUGGCAUGUGGGAUCUAAACAAUGUCCAAUCAUAUGAUUGUCCCAAGGCACAAUAUGUUGAAUGCGUCUACCAGGAGUUUUGUUUCUUGUUCAGUUGGGACAGGACAUACAACAACAAUGAAGACAGUGUCUUCAAGCCUCGUGUGGAUGAGAUGGAGGUGCUGAGCACACACACAAUGCACUGUGCAGAGACUAUUCUGAAUAUCGAUGGUUACGGUGUGAAUUACCAGAAGGCUGAUAGUUUAGUGGCUGAGGUGACUACGGUAGGAGGCUGGAUCACUGAACUCGAGAUUGAAGUGAUGAAUGACCCCAAGGAGUUAAUCAAGCUUCACUGCACGUGUCAACUGAUGUAUCAAAUGUAG